UACACUUGCAGGCUGAGGCUGAGGCAGCAUCACCGUAUCCCAUGCCAUCCCAGCACAAAAACAGUUGCCUGUUUCUUCUUAGCUUCUUCUUCUUCUUCUAUGUCAUUCAUAAUAAGUUGCUGAAACUAACUCCCACACCUUUCCUUCUUUCCACCAGACCACCAGCCAGCCCAAGUUAUCGAUGAAAGAAAUGGCGCAGCAGGCGGGGAGUCCGGUGCGCAGUAGUUAUUCCAAUAAUAGCAGCUUAGCGGAUAUUGCUGCCAGAGUCGUUGAAGAAUUCAGAGCUGAAAAUGAAAACGAUGGUGAGGAGUUUUUAUACGUUGGCGACCUGUUCUGCGGUCUCGGGGGAGAAGCUAGCGAAGAAGACCUAGGAAAAGAAGCAGCAAAAGGCCUGCAGGAUGAUGAUGAGGAGCAGAACAACGAUAUGGAUGCUGGUGAUGAUGAACAAGAUGAAGAUGAGGAGUUUGAGUUCGCGUUUGUUCCCAGAGAUGCGGAGUUGUCGCUCAUUUCUACUGCAGAUCAAAUCUUCUACAACGGACAGAUCCGCCCAGUUUUUCCGAUCUUCAACCCUAAUUAUUGGGAAUCUGCAACAGGCACCAGCAGCAUGUGUAAUUCUUCGUUGUCAAGUUCUGGCGAUGAGCAGCAGCAGCAGAAAGUUUCAACUCCGCCGCAAACGAUGAUUCGUCUGCCGUUGAGGAAGCUGCUGUUAAGUGAGGAUCAGGAAACUCCGUCGUCGUGUUCAUCCUCGGAGGCCGACGAGCUUGAGGGAAUUCCGGAGGGGACGUACUGCGUUUGGAGGCCUAAAGAGGUGAAGGAUGAGGCCUCGGCCUCGGCCUCGCCGGGAAAGUGCAAGAAGAGCAACUCAACAGGGUGGAGGUGGAGGUCGAAGCGGUGGAGGCUUCCAGACCUUGUUCACCGGAGCAACAGCCACGGGAAGGACACAUUUGUCUUUCUCACAAAAGGGGAGGAUAAGGCGGGGGCAACCAAAACUGCAAACCCCAAUCUCACGCAUUACACAAAAAACAGAUCAGGAGAUAAACGCCGCCACUCAUAUCUGCCGUACCGACAACAUCUAGUGGGGUUCUUUGCUAACGUUAACGGAUUUAGUAGGAAUCUCCAGCCUUUCUAGAAUCAGAAUCUGUCAUCCAUCUCGCCGGUUUAAUGCAGAUCAGAUUUGUUUAAUUAAUUAAUUGCUAAUAGACAGAUAUGUAUAUUACGCCAGCCUGUGAUCUUUAUUACGUCAUCGCUUUGUUUUGACACUUUAAAUAACACAAUUAUGUUAUAUAUGGCUUUUGGUUCAAUCAAGUUUUUAUUUUUGGA